CACGUGAAAAUAAGCAAAACAAGAAAAAUUUGAAGGCGAUUUUGAGAAAUAUCAACUUCUUCCUCGGAUCAGAUAUCCAGCAUCUCUGAUUCUUCUUCUUCAUUAUUUGAUGCCUCAAGUCAGAAUCAGGCCAUCGUUGGACCUGCUGGACUUUAACCACUUUCACACUAGCAACACACACAGGUCCCACGGUAACCAAACAAAAGGAACAUAUGAAUUCCUUCAUCUCUUUUGUUUUGAUAUUUCCUCCGGGAAUUUCUUCAAACGGCUAAUGCGCAAAAUUCCUAUUGACAAUCUUCACAGGAAUGUAGACGGAGUAGAACAAAAAUAUUUCACAUGUAAUUAGCCCAAAAAUAGCAGCAAAAAUUCAAUAUCAACUAUCAACGUACCACAAGUAAAAACGAAAAGGAGAGGACAAAACCACGUUGGGAUUUAUUGCCCCUUAUUUUCUUCUCCCACUUUCUCAAUUCUAUCCUUCACUUCUAUCUCUCUCUUUCUGGCCUCUACACAAAAUCCAGGAUCUACCGUGACUCUCCGGUGUUGGACGGGAAGUGUUUUCACCAAUUCUCCGUAGGAAAGGCAGCAUAGCAUCAAGAUCAGGGCAGCCUCACGCAACGGCAACUCACCUAGGAUAAUUCCAAUUACGAUUACGGUUUUGAAGCUUCAACCAAGCAUCCCUUCAGUCAUUUCAUUCAAGGAAGAAGUCUAGCCCAAUGGAAGUGGAGGCUAGUUUUAGGGUGGCAUCUCGUAUCAAUUGCAAAGCGGCGCCGUAUCGCAAUCCAAUCUGCAAUUAUCGAACCUUAAACCUCCGUUUUCCCUACCAUCACCGUCUUCCCCACCUCUCAAAUGCUUCAUUUUACACUCUCAAAAGCUGCUACUGCAAAGCCAUUGUAAAAGAGAGCAGUACUGAAGUUGUAGAAAAAGGAAGGAAGAUGUAUUCACAUGAUAUAAAGCUCUCAAGCCUUACGGCUCUGUGUCCUCUUGAUGGACGUUAUUGGGCUAAGGUCAAGGAGCUAGCUCUUUUUAUGAGUGAAUAUGGUUUAAUUCGCUUUAGGGUUUUAGUUGAGGUGAAAUGGUUGUUAAAACUUUCUCAAAUUCCUGAAAUUCCUGAGGUUCCAAGCUUCUCUAAAGAUACUGAGGCUUAUUUGCAAGGCUUGAUUGAUGGAUUUAGCUUGGAUGAUGCCAUGGAAGUCAAGAAAAUUGAGAAGGUGACUAACCAUGAUGUCAAGGCAGUGGAAUAUUUUUUGAAGCAAAAGUGCCAGUCACACCCAGAGAUAGGAAAGGUGGUAGAGUUUUUCCACUUUGCCUGUACAUCUGAAGACAUUAACAAUCUUGCUCAUGCACUUAUGCUGAAAGAAGCUCUUUCUAUGGUGAUGAUACCUGCUAUGGAUGAAGUGAUUUCAGCUAUAAGUGACAUGGCUAUGGAAAAUGCUCACAUUCCUAUGCUUUCUCGCACCCAUGGGCAGCCAGCUUCACCUACGACCUUGGGAAAGGAAAUGGCAAUUUUUGCAUUCAGGUUAAGUCGGGAAAGGCAAGAUAUUUCAAAAGUUAAAAUACUUGGGAAGUUUGCUGGUGCUGUUGGAAACUAUAAUGCACAUCUUGUGGCGUACCCUGAUAUCAAUUGGCCGCAAGUUGCAGAGGAAUUUGUGACAUCUCUUGGAAUUGAUUUCAAUCCCUAUGUGCCUCAAAUUGAACCUCAUGACUACAUGGCCAAACUUUUUCAUUCUAUAAUCCAGUUCAACAACAUUCUAGUUGAUUUUGAUAGAGACAUCUGGGGAUAUAUCUCUUUAGGUUACUUCAAGCAGAUAACCAAAGCUGGUGAGAUUGGAUCUUCUACAAUGCCUCACAAGGUUAACCCAAUUGAUUUUGAAAAUAGUGAAGGAAAUCUUGGAGUGGCUAAUGGAGGUUUGUCCCAUUUAAGCAUGAAGUUACCUAUUUCACGCUGGCAGAGGGACUUGACUGAUUCUACUGUUCUGAGAAACAUGGGUGUAGGUUUAGCACAUUCUCUUCUAGCCUACAGGAAUACAUUAAUGGGCAUUGGAAAGCUUCAGAUCAAUGAAGCUUCCCUGAGUGAAGACUUGAACCACACAUGGGAGGUGCUUGCAGAGCCAAUACAAACUGUCAUGCGAAGAUAUGGUGUCCCAGAGCCUUACGAAAAAUUGAAGGAGGUAACAAGAGGAAGAGUGGUGACCCAAGAGAGCAUGAGAGAAUUUAUUAAGAACCUGGAUAUACCAGGAGAUGCAAAGAUGAUGCUCUUGAAUUUAACACCCCAAACUUAUGUUGGAGCAGCGGCUGAAUUGGCAAAAAACAUAAAGACAGCCAUAAAUUUAGUGAAUGGAUUGACCGCUUAAGUUGUGAGAAAUUAUUUCAUACACAUUUGUUUUUCUCAUUUCUACUAAUCAAAUCGAGGGACUACUAAGCACUUGAAAUUUUGGCACGAGAGUUGCAAAACAGCCUUUUUGCUUUCCUCAAUGUGCACUUACCCAAGAUGUGAAUUUUCUUUCGCAUUCUCUUGUCAAGAGAAUUGUGAUUGAACCUUCCAUAGUUCAAGCUUGAAUUGAAAUUGUGGGUUCAAACUCGAGCCCAAUUCGAA